AUAGCGAUGCCCUGAAGGUACGAGGUGCUGCUGCAUUGGUGUAGGCAUGAAGCAGAAGCUUCUGGACUAAUCGCUGUAGAAGUCAAAGGGCAGGGGAGGGAUGGGGACAUUUUCUAAAAGCAGCCUCUCUUGGCUGCGUUCCCACAGAGCUGUGGCUGGGGAGAAGUCUGUUUGGAAACACCUGCUUUCCCUUUGUCCUUCAGCAGCAGUUGCUGGAAUGAGCUUCCCUCAUCACCUGGCUGUGGCUGUGCCUUUCCCUCCCCUUCUGCUUGUAAAACUGUUUCCCUGGGCUGGGAGCAGGGGAGGGGGUUGCAGACUAAGGCUUUACUCUAAGAAACUGGAAGUUUCUUGGAGUUAAACACUGAACUGCUUAAUUUGCUUGUUCAGAAGACACAGACUGGCAGAGUGUUGGCCAGUGAGGGGAGCAGGACUGGCGCCGUGCAGGCGGGAGGUGCUGCCGGUGACUGUGGUGCUUCUUCGCAGCAGCCCCAGCCUCUGCAGAAGGGCUCAGCUGGGUGGGCUCUAACAUGGACGAGCCAGACCAGCUCCUGCUCUGCACCGAGAUCACCUUGAAGAGCAGAGCCUGUGCUGCACUCCUCCUGACACCGGCCCUGGUGCUGCCAAGUGCUGCUGCGAAGCAGUUAAUGAUUACCCCUGCCACCUCGGGUUUCCGCUCCUGCCCUGCCUCGGCGGGAGGGAGCGCUGGAGGCUGGGAGGCAAGAUGCUGCUGGUGGUGCUCCUGGCACUGCUGCUGGGCCCCGCCGGCUGCCCCAAGACAGAGCCCCUGAGUGGGUCUGGCCAGGAGCCCCUCUUCCGUGGAGCGGAUCGCUACGACUUUGCCAUCGUCAUCCCUGCCGGUGCUGUGGAGUGCUUCUGGCAGUUUGCACACCAGAGCGGCAACUUCUUCUUCAGCUACGAGGUCCAGUGGGCGACGGGGAUUGGCAACAGCAGGAACAUCCUGGCCACAGCGAGCGACCCCAACGGCUUCCAGCUUGGUAUUUCUCAGGACCCGCGAGGGCAGAUCAACUUCCUCACCAAGGAGACAGGUUUCUACCAGCUGUGCCUGGACAACCAGCAAAACCACUUUGGCUUCAUGCACGUGUAUCUCAACUUUGGUGUCUAUUAUGAAGGCUUCGAUGUGGAAAACAAGCAGCCAGAAGAGAGGAAAGAGCUGAACAACACCCUGGAGGCAAUCGAGGUCAGCAUCCGGAAGCUGCAGCUCCACAUCUUCCACAUGUGGCGGUUCUACAACUUCGCACGGAUGCGGAAAGGGUCUGACUCCUACCUCCUGGAGUCCAACUACAACUAUGUCAACUGGUGGUCGAUGGCUCAGAGCUGCGUCAUUGUCCUCUCCGGGGUCCUGCAGCUCUACUUCUUGAAGCGUCUCUUCAAUGUGCAAACCUCCACCAGGCAGAAGUGCUAGCAGCACCCGGAACCGCGGGCAGGACCGGAGCCCACCCUGCAGCUGCCUGCAGCGCUUGGUAACUGAGCUGCCACUCUGCCCCUUGGCAGAGCAGGAGGGAAGGCUGAAUCCUAGCUCAAGGAUGAGGAAGGAGAGUUCACCCCAUUCCUGCCUCUGGCUCUAGCCCUGCCUUGGCUGAAAUCACCCUGACAGAAAAAAAGUGCGACGCAGUCACCUGAGCUUUGUGUGCUGGAUCAGUUUGUUACGGCUCUGCCUGUCUUUAGUGUCCUAAUGUGUCUUUUCUA